AUGUACCAUGAUGACAAAAUGGAAGCUAUUGACAAAAUAGGCGCACAAGUUACCGAUUUGAACAUAGAAGAUGGGAAAGCCAAACAAUGUGGAUCCGGUAGAAUGGCAUCUACGAAGAGCCUGCUAAAGAACCGUCAGUUGAUGUCAGCAAUAACCCUCUACUGUGUCUUCUCUCUUCAUGACACAGCUUAUCUCGAGAUAUUUUCGCUUUGGGCUGUGAGCAGUAGAAAAUAUCGGGGACUAAGUUUGACAUCUCAGGAUGUUGGCGCCGUGCUAGCUAUCUCAGGUUUUGGUGUUUUGGUGUAUCAACUUGUGAUUUAUCCACUCCUUGCCAAGUAUGCUGGGUUAAUCAAGCCAUUUCGUUCUGCAGCGGUAUUGUCUAUACUUCUGCUUACAACAUAUCCAUUCAUGGGCAGACUAUAUGGUGUGGAGCUCAAAGUACUCAUCAACAUAGCUUCACUUCUGAAGAAUAUGUUUGCGGAAAGUCUCGCAUAUUCUUUUGCUACAAUUACUGUUGCGUGCAACAUUCUACAAAACACAGAAGUGAUACAAGAACAAAGGGGUGUUCCUAAUGGUAUCUCUAUGACUCUGAUGUCAAUCUUUAAAGCAGUAGCUCCAGCAUUAGCUAAUCUCUUGCCUUUUUGCAGGUUUUCAUGGGCUCAAAAGAACAUAACUGGAUUGUUCUUACCAGGUGAUCAUAUCUUGUUCUUCAUGCUGAACAUGGUGUCAGUAAUCGGGCUCUCGCUGACGUUCAAGCCAUUUUUCUCUAUGACGAGUGUGAUGAAAUGA